CAUCAUCAUCAUCAUCAGCAGCAUCUUCCAGGACGCUUUCUUUCCCCGGGAGUGUGUGUGCGUGUUGUGUGCGCGCGCAGCCACCCUCAGAGCAACAUGUUUCGAGCCUGGGGACGCGGAAGGUGCACCGGCGGCGGGGGCUCGGCGACGGCGGCGGCGGCACCGCAUCAGCAGCGGACCAUGGCGGCGGCGGCGACGUUUGCGUCCGGACGGGUCAGGCAGGUGUGGGUGUCCUGUUGGAUUCUGCUGUCGGUGACGUGUUUCUGCGCCCGGGCUCAAGAUGACGUGCCACCUUAUUUCAAGAUGGAGCCUCCUCAGACCCAGGUUCAUUUGGAGGGCAACCGGCUGGUCCUCACCUGCAUGGCUGAGGGCAGCUGGCCCCUGGAGUUCAAAUGGAUUUACAACGGCACCGAGCUGACCCGCUUCUCCUUGGAGUACAGGUAUCUGAUCCCUUCGCUGGACCGAUCCAAUGCCGGCCACUACCGAUGCAUCGUGAGAAACCGAGUUGGCGCCAUAAUGCAGUGCAGCACUGAAGUGAGGGUGGCCUACAUGAGCAGCUUCGUAGAAAGCGACAGGACUCAAACUGUGUCUCAAGGCGACGGCGCUCUCAUCCACGCCCCGCGCAUCCACAGCUUCCCCAAGCCUCAGAUCACCUGGUUCCGAGACGGACGCAAGAUUCCUUCCAGCAGUCGCAUGGCCAUCAGUCUGGACAACACUCUGGUCAUCCUGUCAACAGUGGCGCCCGACGCAGGUCGUUACUACGCCCAGGCCGUCAAUGACAAGAACGGGGAGAACAAAACCAGUCAGCCCGUCACACUCACUGUGGAGAAUGUGGGAGGACCUGCAGACCCCAUCGCCCCCUUCAUAAUCAUCCCCCCAAAGAACACCAGCGUGACUAUGGGGAGGAACGAGGCCAUCUUGGAGUGCAUCGCCAACGCCAGGCCGCUGGUCAAGAUGAGCAUCACUUGGAGGAAAGAUGGCGCGGUGGUCAACACGGGUAUCAGAGAUUUCGGCCGUAGACUGGUCAUCAGUCAGCCAAAGGUCAGCGACAGCGGUUACUACCAGUGUGAGGCGUCGCUUCGCAGCAGCAGCGUGCCGUCGGUCACCGCCGGUGCUUUCCUGCAAGUGCUAGAAUAUCCUCUGUUUGUAAAAGAGCCACCAAGUCACAUCACAGCUGAGAUGGAGAAGGUGGUGGACAUCCCUUGUCAGGCUAGAGGCACACCUCAGCCAGACAUCGUGUGGUACAAGGAUGCUGUGCCCAUCAGCCCGGUGAAGAUCCCCAGGUACAAAGUUCUGGUGGGAGGCAGCCUGCAAAUCAAUGGCCUUCUGCCCGAUGACACGGGAAUGUUCCAGUGCUUCGCUCGCAAUCUCGCCGGGGAGCUCCAGACCAACACCUACCUUGCUGUCACCAGCAUCGCUCCCAACAUCACCGCCGGCCCCGCUGACAGCGCCGUGAUUGACAGCAUGUCAAUCAUCAUGCACUGCGAGACCUCCGGAGCACCGCGCCCAGCCAUCACCUGGCAAAAAGGCGAACGUGUCCUGGCCAGCGGCUCGGUCCAGUUGCCCAGGUUCACCCUGCUGGAGUCGGGCAGCUUGCUCAUCAGUCCGUCGCACCUCUCCGACGCCGGCACCUACACCUGCAUGGCCAGCAACUCUCGAGGCAUCGAUGAAGCGUCUGCAGACCUUGUGGUGUGGGCUCGCACCCGCAUCACCAAGGCGCCGCAGGAUCAAAGCGUCAUCAAGGGCACCAAGGCGGUCAUGGCCUGCGGGGUGACCCACGACCCCAGCGUCACAGUCAGUUACGUGUGGGAGAAGAGCGGCACCGCGGUUGACGUGAACGCGUCGCCCCGCCUCCGGCUGGAUCCCGAGGGGACGCUUCACAUCUCCCAGACGUGGUCCGGAGACAUCGGGACAUACACCUGCAGGGUGACCUCCGUGGGUGGCAACGACUCCCGCAGCGCCCACCUCAGAGUCAGGCAACUCCCACACGCGCCCGAAAACCCGAUAGCGCUCCUAAGCACGGCAGAGAAACGGGCCAUCAACCUGACCUGGGCUCAGGCGUUCGACGGCAACAGCCCUCUCAUCCGCUACAUCCUGGAAGUGUCCGAGAACAACGCUCCAUGGACGGUCCUGUUGGCCAACAUCGAUCCAGAGUCUACCGGGGUCACCGUCGGCGGCCUCAUUCCGGCACGUUCCUAUCAGUUCCGCCUGUGCGCCGUCAACGACGUCGGCCGAGGCCAGUUCAGCAAAGAGACGGAGCGACUAACCCUCCCGGAGGAGCCACCCAGCGCCCCGCCUCAGACGGUCAUCGCCAGUGGCCGCACCAAUCAGUCCAUCAUGAUCCAGUGGCAGCCGCCCCCGGAGAGCCAUCAGAACGGACCCCUCCAGGGCUACAUCAUCAGGUACUGUCUGUCUGGGCUGCCCGUGGACUGCCAGAUAAAAAACAUCACCAACCCGGACCAAAGCAGCCUGCUCCUGGAGGACCUCAUCAUCUGGACCAACUACGAGAUGGAGGUGGCGGCAUACAACGGGGCAGGCAGGGGCGUCUACAGCCACAAGGUGACAGAGUGGACUCUGCAAGGAGUGCCCACAGUGCCACCAGGGAAUGUGCAAGCUGAGGCUGUCAACUCCACCACGAUACGUUUCACCUGGAGCGCCCCCAGCCCUCAGUUUAUCAACGGAAUUAACCAGGGAUACAAGCUGUUGGCGUGGGAACCCAAUCGGGCCAGCGAGGUCACCAUGGUGACGGCGCGCCCCAACUUCCAAGACAGCGUCCACGUGGGCUACAUCUCGGGUCUGAGGAAGUUCGCCGAGUACUACACGUCCGUCCUGUGCUUCACCACGCCAGGGGACGGACCGCGCAGCCCGCCUCAGCGGCUGCGCACCCACGAAGACACCCCCGGCGCCGUGGGACACCUCAGCUUCACAGACAUUUUGGAUACCUCCCUAAAAGUCAGCUGGAAGGAGCCUCAGGAGAAAAACGGUCUUCUCACAGGCUACCGCAUCUCUUGGGAGGAGUUCAACAGGACCAACACGCGGGUGACCCACUAUUUGCCCAACCCCACUCAAGAGUACAAGGUGACGGGGCUCACCGCGCUCACCACCUACACCAUCCAGGUGGCCGCCAUGACCUCCAAAGGUCAAGGUCAACUCUCGGCAUCCACCAUCUCCUCUGGUGUCCCGCCAGAACUACCGGGCCCCCCGACCAAUUUAGCCAUCUCAAAAAUCGGCGCUCGCUCUGUCAAUCUGCAGUUCAAGCCCGGUUAUGACGGCAAGACGUCCAUUUCCCGCUGGCAGGUGGAAGCCCAGAUCGGUAUCAUCGGAGAGAAUGAAGAGUGGCUUAAGAUACAACAGCUGGCAAAUAAGCCUGAUGCCAGAUCCAUGGAGGUCCUGGACCUGAACCCUUUCACUUUUUACAGGUUCAGAAUGCGACAGGUGAACAUCGUGGGUACUAGCCCCCCCAGUCAGCCUUCUAGAAAGAUCCAAACCCUGCAGGCUUCCCCGGACGUCUCCCCGGCCAACGUCACCCUCCGCACAGCCAGUGAGACCAGCCUGUGGCUUCGCUGGGUGCCUCUUCCCGAGUGGAAAUACAACGGGAAUCCCGAUCUUGUCGGCUACCGCAUCCAGUACUCCAAGGCCGGGUCUAAAGGAGGAGUUCUUUCCCACGUAAUCAUGGACCGGCUGGAGAGAGAGUUCACCAUUGAAGAUCUGGAGGAGUGGACAGAGUAUGAGGUUCGCGUUCAGGCCAUCAAUGGAAUUGGAGCUGGACCCUGGAGCCAGCCUGUCCAUGGCAGAACGAGGGAGUCUGUGCCAUCCAGCGGUCCCAGCAAUGUGUCAGCCUUUGCCACCACCUCAAGCAAGAUCCUGGUACGCUGGGGAGAAGUCCCGGAGCCGGAUCGCAACGGGCUCAUCCUGGGCUACAAGGUCAUCUACAAAGAGAAGGACUCAGAAAUGACCCCCAACUUCUGGACAGUGGAUGGCAACACGAGCCACAGUGUCCAUCUGACCGGUCUGGGCAAGUACGUUCUCUAUGAGAUCCGGGUCCUGGCAUUCACCCGUAUUGGCGACGGAAGGAGCAGCUCGCCAUCCAUCCUGGAAAGAACGCUGGAUGAUGUUCCUGGUCCUCCUGUUGGCAUCCUGUUCCCCGAAGUCAGAACCACAUCAGUCAGGCUCAUCUGGCAACCUCCUUCCCAGCCAAACGGCAUCAUCCUGGCCUACCAGAUCACAUACAGGAGAAACUCCUCCAGCACGAGUGCCGCCACCGUGGACGUUCUGAGUCCCAGCGCCCGACAGUACACGGCGACGGGGCUCAGGCCUGAAAUGGUUUACAUCUUCCGCCUGACUGCGCAAACACGCAAGGGCUGGGGGGAAGCAGCCGAGGCCUUGGUGGUCACGACAGAGAAGCGAGCGCGACCCCAACCCACGAGCCGGCCUGUCGUGCCUCAAGCGCGAGUGCAGGCUCGCAGAGUGCAGUUGUCAUGGGAACCGGGCAGCGACGGCCUCUCUCCGGUCCGUUACUACACAGUGCAGUACAGAGAACUGCCCGACAGCAACUGGACGGUCCAUUCUGCGUCCGUCAGCCAUGAGAUGAUCUCGUACUCAGUGGACAGGUUAAAACCCUUCACGUCCUACCAGUUUCGUGUCAAGGCCACCAAUGACAUUGGAGACAGUGAAUACAGCCAGGAGAGUGAGGCCAUCACUACUCUACAGGAUGCCCCAGACAAACCCCCCACCAUUCUGUCCGUAACACCCCACACCACCACGUCUGUGCUGGUCCGCUGGCAGUCCCCCUCCGAGGAUCACAUCAAUGGAAUUCUACUGGGCUUCAGGGUCAGGUACAGGGAGUUGUACUACGACCGACUGCGCAGCUUCACAGUUCGCACCGUCAACAGUCCCUCCCCGAGCUGGGCCGACCUCACUGCACCUUACAGCGUCAGGAACCUGAGCGAAUCCUCCCUCACCCAGUAUGAACUUGACAAUCUGAGUAAACACAAGCGCUACGAGAUCCGACUCAGCGUGUACAACGCUGUCGGGGAGGGUCCCAGUAGCGUGCCGCAGGAGGUCUUUGUCGGCGAGGCAGUCCCGACCGCGCCGCCCCAGAAUGUCGCGGUCCAGUCGUCCACUGCCACCCAGCUGGACGUCACAUGGGACCCCCCUCCCCUGGAUGCACAGAACGGAGACAUCCAAGGUUACAAGAUCUAUUUCUGGGAGUUUCAGCUGCAGAACGAGACGGAGCGUCUGCGCACGUUGUUCCUGCCCGAGCUGGGGGUCAAGCUGAAAAACUUGACGGGCUACACCACCUACAUGAUCAGCGUGGCCGCCUUCAAUGCGGCAGGGGACGGGCCGCGAUCCCUGCCCAGCAGAGGGCGCACUCAGCAAGCAGCUCCCACCGCCCCCGGCUUCAUCCACUUCAGCGAGCUGACCACCACCUCCGUCAACGUGUCCUGGGGAGAGCCCAAGCAGGCCAACGGCAUCGUGGAAGGCUACCGUCUGGUUUACGAGCCGUGCACGCCAGUCGACGACUCCUCUCCUCGCACUCCAGGUGUCAGUAAGAUAGUGACAGUGGACGUCAAAGGCGGCGCCCCCUUGUGGAUGAAGAUCAAGGACCUCUCCGACGGCGCCACCUACAACUUCCGUAUCCGGGCCAAAACGCUUACUUACGGACCUGAGGUGGAGGCCAACAUCACCACGGGGCCAGGAGAAGGAGCCCCAGGCCCUCCCGGGGAGCCCUUUAUUUCUCGUUAUGGCUCCGCACUGACCCUGCACUGGACCAGCGGUGAUCCAGGCCGUGCACCCAUCACGAGAUACGUCAUUGAAGCCAGACCGUCUGAUGAGGGACUGUGGGACAUUUUCAUCAAAGACAUCCCCAAAGAAGUCACGUCCUAUACGCUCAACCUGGAAAUGCUGCGAGAAGGCGUGACCUAUGAUUUCCGAGUCAUAGCGGUCAACGACUACGGCUACGGUUCUCCCAGCCUCCCUUCGCCGUCCAUAUCAGCCCAGAAAGUGUCGCCCUUCUACGAGGAAUGGUGGUUCCUGGUCGUCAUCGCGCUGGUGGGUCUCAUUUUCAUCCUGCUGCUGGUGUUUGUCCUCAUCAUACGAGGGCAGAGUAGGAAAUACACCAAGAAGACUGAUUCAGGGAACCACUCCAACUGCACGGCGCUGCCGCUGACCCACGGCGAGAUGGUGCACCUGGACGAGGGCCGCUUCCCGUCUCUGGAGCUCAACAACAGACGCCUCUCGGUGAAAAACUCCUUUUGCCGCAAGAACGGCAUCUACACACGGUCGCCACCGAGGCCCAGUCCCGGAAGUCUUCAUUACUCUGACGAGGACGUGAGCGCCAAAUAUAACGACCUGAUUCCAGCAGAGAGCAGCAGUCUGACUGAGAAGCCCUCCGAGAUCUCAGACUCUCAGGGCAGCGACAGCGAGUACGAGAUGGACCAGAGCCGGCAGAAGACGCACUCCUUCGUGAGCCACUACAUCAGCGACCCCACCUACUACAACUCGUGGCGGAGGCAGCCCAAGGGCGUCUCUCGGCCCCCGGCAUACGGCUACUCUCAGCCCGAGCCCCUCGUGGAGCAGGAGUCCCGACCCCACCCGCCUCCCGUGCCCCCUCUGCCGCCCCUGGUCCCCCAGAGCGCCCCGUCCCCGCAGCCCCAGGUGCAGCCCCCGGGCCAGGGCACCCUUUUCAGGCCGAAAGGAAGCCGGACUCCCACCCCUUCCUUGAUGUCCUCGGAACCCCCCAGCCAGCACGGCACUCUCUACCGGCCCCCCAGCAGCCUGGGCUGCUCCGCCAACCCUCCUCCGCCCACUGCGGGGUUCUCCUCUUUCGUUUGACGCACUGCUCUUCAAAACAAGAGCUUGGACACUGAGAACCAGUCUCGACAUCACAGACAUCUUUCCUCUCUGCAAAGUGUGCGUGUGUGUGUGUGGUUUAUUAAUGUGAUGUUUAUUUAAUGACAAUCAUUUGGUGGAACAUGAUCAUCAAAAGGAGACGGAAGGAAGAAGAUACUGUACAAUUGUUUGAUAUGAGAGCUUUAAAAGGACUCACACACACUUGAAAACCCAUCGAGCACUUGGAUUGACGAGAGCGGAGAACUACGAAAGGAAGAAUGUUUGUAAAAAAAAAAAAUAAUUGGUGAGGAACCGGACUCUAUUUUAAAAAAAGAGGCAGUGACAGUCACUGUGACCUCCUCCACUGCCUUUCUCCGUUGUCUUUACGAUACCUACACAUCUCAUGUCCUCUACCAGCUAUUUAUAUCGAUCCACUUCAAGCUCACCGAUGGCGCCGCUGCCGUCAAGAACUAUACGGAGAAAUUUUGUUGACAUUGGAAAAAAAAAGCCUGUCUUUUUGCCGUUAUCCACAUCAUCAUCAUCAUCAUCAUCAUCACAGAUGCUGACGCAAAGGGCAGAAGCACAAGUCCCCUUCGGAUCAGACAAUGUUGCACCCUCACUGCUGACUUGUUGGGGAGUUUUGUAGGAAAUGGUUCUAAAGGUUAGGACCUGUGGCAUUGGCCUGGAACAAAAUAGUUCAUCAAAGCAGUGGACAAGCAAGUAAAAAAAACAACACAUUUUGUUUUAUCCAAAAAUGUCAAGUGGAACCUCUGGAGCAGUGGUUCUCAACUGGUUUGCAGGAACCCCUUAAUCCCAAUUAUAACUGGAACUGCAACUCUGGGUUCCUACGAGUCUGCGUGUAAUCAUGACGCAUGCGGCCACGUCAUUCCCAUUGCCAAGACCCGCCAUCGAAAAUUUCAGGAAGAUCGGAGCAUGCAGAAGGAAGUUACCGUUGAUAUAAUUUUCCACCACAAGGGGGCGAGCUUAGCGGCUAUCACAGGGGUCACCAGGUAGCCCGUAAGGACCAGAUGAGUCGCCCGCUGGCCUGUUCUAAAAAUAGCUCAAAUAGCAGCACUUACCAGUGAGCUGCCUCUAUUUUUUUAAUUUUUAUUUAUUUACUAGCAAACAAACGACUCACCACCGCAAAUCAUGGGUACUCAUCGUUGACCUAAACAAGUCGUUCAAAAUCCAGGCGGCGAACCACGAGUUGGGAUUUACUGUUCCAAUCUAUUGAGUUGCAGAAGGAAGAAUAGCUAGCAAAUGAACAACUCAUUGCCGAGUCAUACCAAAGACUAUAAAAAUGGGACUCAUUACCUCCCUGCUUGGCACUCAGCAUCAAGAGUUAGAAUUGGGGGUUAAAUCAACAAAAUGAUUCCGCGAGCGUGGCCAGCGCUGCUGCUCACUGCUCCCCUCACCUCCCAGCGGGUGCUACAAGGGGAUGGGUCAAAUGCAGGGAGUAAUUUCCCCACACCUAGUGUGUGUGCGACUAUCAGUGGUACUUUAACAACUUUAAAUGUGAAUCGGGUCUCAUCGUUCACUUAAAAGAGUCGUUAAAAAGACUCAACUCGUUUGCAAAUGUGACCAAAAAUCCUGCUCUUAAUUAACAGAGACGCACGACUAAGAACGUCUGGCAAACGAAUGAAUCACCACGGCCGUUUAGUUCUCAUCAUUAACUUUAAAAAGUUGCUCAAAAGGUGAGUGGCGAACUUUGUACAAUUUAUUGAAAUGCACAAAGAAGAACGAAUCAGUACUGAAAAGAGCCAUGGAAAAGUCUCGACCCGUUCUCAAAGACCCGCCACCACGCACUGAAAGCAAAGUCCGUAUGACUGAGCAGUUGAGAACCUCUGCUCUAAAGUAAAAUACUUGAAUUCUUACAAUUCUGAGUUCAAGCCAAAUCUGAGAGUCACCCAAAGAUGAAUUAAAUACGUGGACGACUUUAACUUGUUAUUAAGGUGAAUGUAUUUUUUUGUUUUUGUGUCAAUUGAGAAUGUUAUUGAACAUUACAUAUGUCAUGAAAUCAUGCUCUUUGAUUACAUAUUUACCAAUUUUUCAACAGUUUUUAAAUCCUAACUGUGGUUAACUUAUGUUUACACCCGUAUGAUCGUCCCCAAAAAUUUUUACUUUGACUGCAUUUCUAUAAUUGACAACGCAACAGUGAAAAAUAAUGAUAAUUCUUCAUUUUUUUUAUUUUAUUUUUUAUCAAAUAUUGUUUUUAUUGAAACAUGUAGCUAAAUGUUCUGGACUCCUGUUUUUAUACCGGUAAUACUUGUUUUACUCUGCACGGUUGAUUUACUGAAGGAUGAAACAACAGCGCCUCUGUUGGUGACAGCUAAGUAGUGCAGUCUGUUUUACACGAAUCAACAAUUUUACACAAUUAAAUAUAAAGCCCAUCCCUAAUUAAAACACUAACAUUCCAUUAGUUCACAUGGAGACACAUGUUUUUAAAUACAAAAAAAUUCAAACUGUUUUUUAAUAUAAGAGGUUCCACUUUUUUAAUGUUAUUUAUCUACUAAUUGCAUAACCUAUUUUAUUUGUAGUACAAAAUCCUACUAAAUUCCGACAACACCUGAUUAUACAGCAUCUCUGAUAGACAAAGCCAAAAACCAGGUGAAGUUGACCCGUUGUGUAACUCAAAUAAAAACAGAAUGCAAUGAUUUGCAAAUCCUUUUCAACUUAUAUUCAAUCGAAUAGACUGCAGAGACAAGAUAUUAAAUGUUCGAACUGAGAAACGUAAUUUUUUUUUGCAAAUAAUUAUUAACUGAGAAUUUAAGAGCAGCAACACAUUGCAAAAAAGUUGGUACACAGGGGCAUUUUUACCACUGUGUUACAUGGCCUUUCCUUUUAACAACACUCAGUAAACGUUUGGGAACUGAGAAAACCAAUUUUUGAAGCUUUUCAGGUGGAAUUUUUGCCCUUUCUCGUUAUGUUCUUUUAGGCUUCAUAAUGCACCACACAUUUUCAAUGGGAGACAGUCUAGUACCCGCACUCUUUUACUAUGAAGCCAAGCUGUUGUAACAUGAGGCUUGGCAUUGUCUUGCUGAAAUAAGCAGGGGCGUCCAUGAUAACGUUGCUUGAAUGGCAACAUAUGUUGCUCCAAAACCUGUAUGUACCUUUCAGCAUUAAUGGUACCUUCACAGAUGUGUAAGUUACCCAUGCCUUGGGCACUAAUACACCCCCAUACCAUCACAAAUGUUGAAUUUUGAACUUUGCUCCCGGAUUAAUCCAGAUAGUUAUUUUUCUCUUCGUUCUGGAGGACACGACGUCCACAGUUUUCAAAAAAACAAUUUGAAAUGUGGACUCGUCAGACCACAGAACACUUUUCCACUUUGCAUCAGUCCAUCUUAGAUGAGCUCGAGCCCAGCCAAGCCGGUGACGUUUCUGGGUGUUGUUGAUAAGUGGCUUUCGCUUUGCAUCGUAGAGUUUUAACUUGCACUUACAGGUGUAGCGACCAACUGUAGUUACUGACAGUGGUUUUAUGAAGUGUUCCUGAGCCCAUGUGGUGAUAUCCUUUACACACCGAUGUGGCUUUUUGAUGCAGUACCGCCUGAGGAUUCGAAGGUCACAGACAUGCAGUGAUUUCUCCAGAUUCUCUGAACCUUUUGAUGAUAUUACCGACCGUAGAUGGUUGAGAAAUGUUGUUCUUAAACUCUUGGACAAUUUGCUCACGCAUUUGUCCACAAAGUGGUGACCCUCGCCCCAUCCUUGUUGGUGAAUGACCGAGCAUUUCAUGGAAGCUGCUUUUAUACCCAAUCACGGCACCCCCACCUGUUCCCAAUCAGUGUUCGAUGUUCCAAAUAAGUAGUUGAUGAGCAUUCCUUACCUUUUCUCAGUCUUUUUUUUGCCACACGUGGCAGCUUUUUUGGAAACAUGUUGCAGGCAUCAAAUUCCAAAAUGAGCUAAUAUCUGCAAAAAAUAGCAACGUAUUCCAGUUUGAAGGUUAAGUAUCUUGUCUUUGCAGUAUAUUCCAUUUGAAUAUAGGUUGAAAAGGAUUUGCAAAUCUUUGUACUUUGUUUUUAUUUAGCAUUUACACAACGUGACAACUUCACCGGUUUGGGGGUUUGUAAACCCCAGUCUAAGUGUACAGUCUAUGUUUUCUAAACCACACCAUUUUGAAAUAUGUGGCUUCUAAUUGCGGAAGGAUCAGGAAAAAAAAAAAAAAAAGGUAUAAUAAUCUACAAAGUUAUCUGUCAAAACUCUUGGAUGUGAACACCACUGUAAACACGCAUCAAACAUUGUAAAUCUAUUGAUGAAAUAAAUUAUUUUAUUUUUCAUGCCUCUCCUUAGUAGCUGCAAAGAACGAUACGUUUCUGUCCAAUGGGGGAUGUUUGUGAGGAAUGUGAGGAAGACUAAUAAAUGAGAAUGGGAGUGCGAUUUAGGAGGAGGGAGUGCAGGACGACUAAUCGCCUUAUUUCAGGCGGGAAAACAUUGAUCUGAAGCAAGGUUUUAAGGAGAAGUUCAAUAAAGGGUGCAAGUGC